AGUCUUGAAUGUAGCCGAGCUGUGUGCCCUGCUUUCACCAUCCCUACAUGACCCGCCCAUCCGCCGCCGCCGCCUGAGCCUGGUCAGGUGUUCAUUGUACAGCGACGUAAACUUUCCCUGAUCGGAUUUAUUGACCGGACAAACACAGUCGAGGCCAUGCUGAGACGGAUACUUCAGAUGACUCCUGGGAAGGGAGGCUCCCAGAACGCAGAGUCAGAGCAGCCCAGCACGGACCUAAACCAUGACCAGACAUCAGAGGGCUUCAUCUGUCCUCAGUGCAUGAAGUCUCACAACUCUGCCGAGGAGCUUUUCCAUCACUAUGAGCUGUUCCAUGACACCGGAGACCUGCCCGCUCAUGUGGCCCCCACUCGGGAGGAUCUCACAAUGCUGCGGCAAGAGGUUCAAGACCUGCAUGUUUCCCUUAAGGAGGAAAGGUGGUUCUCUGGUGAGCUCAAGAAGGAGUUAGACAAAGUCCAAGGACACCUGAAGCAAAACGAUGGGCAGACGGGCCCAGAAGACACAGCCCUCGAAAGGAAGUUAAAUGAAGCUGAGACCGAGAAGUUCAACAUCAAGCAGAUGAAAGACCUGUUUGAGCAGAAGGCUGCCCAGCUGGCCACGGAGAUAGUAGAUUUAAAGUCCCGCUAUGAUGAGGAGAAGAGCCUGAGGGAGGCUGCUGACCAGAGGCUGGCCAAACUGACCGAACAGCUCCAGAAAGAGAAGCAGGAGAAUGAGAGACUUCAAACAGAACUGCUGCAGCGGCCGGGAGUGGAGGAUGUGGAGGUGCUGCAGAAGGAGCUGGUGCAGGUCCAGACCCUGAUGGACAGCAUGACUCGCGAGAGGGAGGAUGAGGGAGAACGUCUCAAGAACCACUACGAGCAGCUAAAGGCUAAUUACACUACCUCAGAGACCACCAUAUCCCAGCUAAAAGCAGAGUUGGAGAAGGGCCCGCAAGAAGCUGCCGUCUACACACAACAGAUCCACCAUCUUCAGAGCAAUCUGAAUAAUCUGCAGCAGCAGAGCCAGAGCCUGUCUGAAAAGCUUGCACGAAAGGAAAAAGAGUAUCAGGAACUGGGGGAGCGUCUGGGAGCUGAGAAAGCUGCUAAGAAGGGAGCUCAAGGCAGCCUGAGGGAGAGAGAGCUGGAGGUUCAGGAGCUCCAGACUCGGGCGUCAGGGGCCGAGGCCUCUCUGCAGAAGGCGCAGGCGGAGCUCGGAGAGAGGGCAGAGGAGGUGGCCAGGCUGAAGGGUGAGAUUACGGAGCUGGAGGUGAAGCACGCUGAGCUGAAGGUGGAGCGGAAACAGCUGGAACACCAAAGGGAAGAAAAAGAGAACAAAGGAGCUCAGCAGCAGACUGAGAUCGGACAGCUGCACUCUAAGCUGCUGGAGGCAGAGAGGCAGCUGGGUGAGGUUCAGGGUCGACUCAAGGAGCAGAGGCAGCUCUCCGGGGAGAAACUAAAGGACCGCGAGCAGCAAGCAGCAGACCUGCAGCUCAAACUGUCCCGAGCUGAGGAACAGAUGAAGGAGAGUGCCAGCAAGAAUACAGACCUACAGCACCAGCUGGAGAAAGCCAAGCAGCAGCACCAGGAGCUGCAGGCCCUACAACAAAACACCAACGGCAAACUCAGAGAGGCACAGAAUGACCUGGAGCAGGUGCUGCGUCAGAUAGGAGACAAGGACCAGAAGAUCCAGAAUCUGGAGGCUCUGCUCCAGAAGAGUAAGGACAUCGUGAGCCAGCUGGAAACUGAGAGGGAUGACCUGUGUGCCAAGAUCCAUGCUGGGGAAGGAGAGACGGCUGUGCUCAACCAGCUGAAAGAGAAAAACCACGCACUACAAGAACAGGUGGCACAGCUGACAGACAAGCUGAGGAACCAAUCAGAGAGCAACAAGCAGGCCCAAGAUAACCUACAUAAGCAUGUCCAGGAGCAGAAGACCUUGGUGCGCUCAGCCCAAGACCGAGCCACCACCCUGGAGACAUCAGUCACUGAACUCACCACCCAGCUGGCAGACAGCAAAGAGAAAGCAGCCCAGCUGGACGCUCAGCUGAAAGCAAAGACAGAGAUGCUGCUAUCUGCAGAGGCAGCAAAGGCAGCACAGAAGGCUAACCAGAACAACCUGGAGACGUCUCAGCACGCGCUGCAGGAUAAGCAGCAGGAGCUAAAUAAAACUCAGAAGAAGGUGGAGGAGCAUGCCCAAAGGCUCAAGGAGAGGCAGAAGCAGUGCACGCAGCUGGAGAGCAGUCUGAAGGAGUGCAAAGACAAACUAAUGGCUUCAGAGCAGCGCAUAGAGCAGCUGGAGGGGCUCAAUAAGAAACUGGAGACACAGGUUGGGGAGUUGCAGGCGACUCGUGACCAGGUGCAGCAGGAAGUGCAGAAGCUGCAGAAGGAGGGGUCAGAGGUCAAACGGAAAGCCAAGGAGCUGCACCGCUUGUUGGAGACAGAGAAAGCAGGGGCUGCAACACUACAAGAGGAAUUAAAAGCAAAAUCAGCUGCUCUUAGUGACAUUCAGCAGCAGCUGGAGGGCAGCGAGAAGGACAAAGGUGCUCUUAAGGUCAAUCUGGACAAGGUGACCCAGGAAGGGAAGGCUAAGCGUGCAGAGCUUGAGAAGAAAGCUCAGAGCCUGGAGGCCGACUUACAAAAGGCGCAGCAGGAGAAAGAGGCUCAGAGGAAGGAGUUGGCCUCCGUGCAGGAGAGCCUAACGAAGGCUAACAAGGCACUGAAGGAGAGUCAGAGUCAACUGGACGCAGAGAGGAAGAAGCAUACGUCAGCCAUGGGGGAAAAGGAAAAGUCCAAUGAGAAGGCCAGGCAGGAGCUUCUCAAGAGUAACGAGGCCAUCACGAAGGCAAUGAAAGAAUCGAAAGAGCAGUUGGAGCAGAUGAAAGAGGUCGAGAAAAAGUUAAAAGUGCAGUUGACCUCAUUGGAGCAGCAGCACUCAAAGACGCAGGAGGCGCUGAAAGAGAAGGGGGCCGCGGCGGAGAAGCUGCAGGCGCAACUUAAGACAGCUCAGGGGUCCUUUGAAGAGGAGGUGAAGAAACUGAAGAGCAAAGUGGCAGAGUUAAAGGAAGUCAAUGUCAAGAAGGCAGAAGAGGAGAGUAAGCUGAGGGAGCAGGUGUCUCAGAGCCAGGAAGGCCUCACCAAGCUUCAGUCUGACUUCUACGGCAAGGAGUCUGAAGUCUCUGCCCUGCGCCAGGACCUGAAGGCAUCAGAGGAUAAGAUGAAGCUCUCACUGGAGGAGCUGGCUGCCAACCGGACCCAUCAGACCAGCUUGGAGGCUCAGAUCCAGGAACUGCAGACGAGCCGGGGAUCACUGAAGCAGGAGCUGGCUAAACGGGACCAGAAGCUUCAGCAGCAGGAACAAACUCUGAAGGAACAGCAGAAGCAACAGGGUCAAGCAAAGGAGGUGCUGGAGAAGGAGAAGAGUAAAGUGGAGGAGCUGAACAAAGCCAAGAGUGUUCUGGAAAAGAAUAACACCAAACUGACAUCGGAUUUAAAAGCACUAACGGAGAAAGGCGAGAAGGAGCUGGGUGAACUGCGGGAAGCCAAACAGCUGUUAAUCCAACAGAAGCUGGAGCUGCAGGGUCAAGUGGAGGGAGCACAGAAGAGCAUCGAGCAGGAGAAGAAAGGCCACCAGGCCACCAGGGACAGCAUCAGCCAGAGAGAGGAGCAGCUCAUCGCCAAAACAAAACAUGUGGAGGAUGAGUUGUUGGCAGAGAGGCAAUCCAGAGAGGAGCAGGUGAAGCGCGGGGAGGAGCUGGAGGCUAAGCUGGGCGUGCAGGUGACGGCUCUGAAUGAAAAUGUGGCCACGCUGAAGAGAGAGUGGCAGGGCAGCCAGCGGAGAGUGGGUGAGCUGGAGAAGCAGACGGACGAGCUGAGGGGAGAGAUUGCUGUGCUGGAGGCCACUGUGCAGAAUAACCAGGACGAGAGGCGGGCUCUCCUGGAAAGGUGUGUAAAGGGAGAAGGUGAAAUAGAGAAACUGCAGGCCAAGGUGGUGGAGCUGAGGAGGAAGGUGGACGACACGACAGCAGCCAUGCAGGAGCUGGGCCGAGAGAACCAGUCACUCCAGAUCAAACAGUCCCAGUCCCUCACCAGGAAGUGGGCCGAGGAUCACGAAGUGCAGAACUGCAUGGCCUGUGGGAAAGGCUUCUCUGUCACAAUCAGGAAGCACCAUUGCAGACAUUGUGGAAACAUUUUCUGCGCCGAGUGUUCGGCAAAAAACGCCCUCACGCCGUCCUCUAAAAAGCCGGUCCGUGUCUGUGAGACAUGCUAUGAUGAGCUCGUAGGCUGAUUCCCAUCUCUCAUCCCUUUUCCUCCCUCCCCCUUCAAACAUCCCCCUCUUCCCUCUUCUUCCUCCUCCAGCAGGCAGAAGGCGGCGUCUUUGUCAUAUUAAAUGUGCACUAUAAAGGACAGACCCCGUGUAAACACUCCCACCUGCAUCAUGUGACGUCUGGUUCUGGUGUGGAGGGGUAUAACUGGUUCGAAGUAAGAUGCACCAGAGCUGAGUGUUGGGAAUGUGGUGGGAUUGGUUGGGAUUUGUCUCUAUCUGUUUUUGUGCCUUUGCUACUCCUGUGGACUGCCAGAGAGCGGAGACAGUGAGAACUAAAACAACACCUGUCUCUUUUAAGUUCACAUCUCCACUGUUGUUUUGGCAUCGUUAGCAAGGUGGUCAUUUCUUUGUUAUAAAUGUUUGUCAUCAUUGAGAGAAGGUGAAAGGUCAGUGAUGUGGAAAUUCACUGCUGCCCUACAAAGGUACAUGCAGGUAACUGUUUUUUUAAAUUACCUGAGAUUAACUGAGAAAACAUUUAAAUUCAGAUGUAUUUUUAUCCAGUUUCACCGAAAAACUGUAUUUAAAUAAGUGUUAAACUGAACAUGUGAGAACAGGAGUCCAACACUUCUUAUAUUUAUGUAUCUGAUCAGGAUGUCAUGAAGACAUGAGUCAAUAAAUCCAUUGAUGGAGAGCACUAGUUUCUUUUUACCUUAUGUGUUUCUCUGUGUAGUGCAGCAAAAGUUUAGGUUCAACAACUCUAUCAUUUUUUGUAUUAAAAAUGAAAUAUUGAAAAAAAACUGCCCUCGCCAAAUCAGUUUGAAAUACAAACCAGCGUAUUUAUGUACAAAACUAAAGAGAACCAUGACAUCAUUGGUUUCUACAUGUUUCCUUUGUGUGGCAGCACGUUUGUUAAACGUUUUCAUCCUAUUUCAUGACCAAAGAAUGUCUGCAGCGAGGAUCCAGCUGAGAUGAAAACCCUGACUUUAUUUCAUGUUUCAGUAUUUUUCUUAGCCUUUCGUUGAAAGCUUUGAGUUUUUAAAUCAGUGUCUGACAUUUUAUCUUGAAAGAAGUAUGUAUUAUGAUGAUCAGAGUCUUCUAUGUACAGUCUUUUUUUUUUUGCCGUGCCAUGUUUCUCUUUGUGUGUUUAUUUUUACAAAUUGUGGUGCUUUCUGCAGAACAGUAAUGCAGUCAUUGAAGGUGCCUGCAUGUACAUUUUUAUUUGUUUCCUGCUGCUUUUUUUUUCAAAUCAACAGCACUGAGGACUGCUGGAUCUGUGUGUGUUUGUGUGUGUGUUUGUGUGUGUGUGUGUGUGUGUGUGUGCGUGCGUGCGUGUGUGUGCGUGCGUGUGUGUGUGUGUGUGUGUGUGUGUGUUCUGCUUAAAGCAAUAACUGUGGCUGUGUGUACCAGUGCAGUAACAGAGUGUGUGUGUGUGUGUGUUUUAAGUGUUCAGGCCUGCUGUGUUUGGCUGCUGUGCAAGUGACAGCUGCUCAGAACCCUCAGUGUCUCUCUGGCACGUUGCUCCGGAAUGUCGAUGCUGCGUUCAAGCGCAGCUCUGAAUAACGGUUCUCUGUCCAGCCUGUCUGCUACUGAGGGCGCUGUUCAAGUACAUUUCUGCUUUGUAUAAUUUAUAAAUGAUGUCAGAUAUUGAUCAGAUCUUCUUAAUAGUUUGAAGUCUGGAGCGGGCAGAAAAACACUGUAAGCCAGAUGUCAGCGCUGGCAUUUUGCAACACUCAGCUUGUUUCAUACUCUGGUUUACCAAAUUAGCUUAAAGCUGUUAUGCUUGUUAUAAAACAUCGUCCAUCUCAGUUUAAAGCUCUGGAGAACACCUGUCUCUUUUUGUGUUGCAUUGUUUUUGUUGUCUACCUCAGAUUGGCACAGGAAAAGCACUAUUUCUAAAUCUUUGAUCUCAAUUGUUGUGUCAUUGCUUGCAUUUGAUCGAGAGGUUCAUGAUUUAUCUGUCAAACUGUACAGUCCCUUCAAACUAAAGAGAGAUGAUCUGCACCUUAUCGUAUUCUGAUCUCAUCCCAGCCACACAAGUUAGACCACCAACUUUAUACAGGCUUCUGCAUUUCUAGCCCUGAUGUACGUACAUGCUCAUUAAUACUAAGGCUGUCAUAAUUAUCUUUGUAAAUGUUUGUAAUUUAAGAGGAAAAUGAAUUAUCUAACACUCGUGGAUGUAAAAACAUGAUGUGAACUCAUCAGUGUCUUACUUAGUUUUUUAACAAAUUAGCAGCACAGAUGUGUAAACACUGAACUGUGGCUUGCUUUGCGUUGCUGUCAGUUAUCAUGCAUGAUGACUUUACUGGCCUGCGGCUCUCUCACACACACACACACACACACAUUUUCUUCAUGUUUAGAGUCGUCACACGUGAUGGUUGUGAAGGUGUGCCUUAGGCCAACGUCUUGUAGGUCACUGCUCACUCUGAGCGGUGACACACUGUGUAUUACCAGUCAGGGCAAACUGAGAGAGAUAUAAUGUACGUCAUGUUCACAUGCACCUGUUGAUUUUUCUAAUUCAUCAUUAUGAAACCUGAAUAAAAUCUACAGUAUGUUUCUA